GUCACGUGACCUAAGUCGCGUUGCAUAUGUCGGUUGUUGUAGUGUGUUGUGUGUGGUAUGCAUAUUUAUAUCAAAUUGCUCGUGUCUGUCUCUGUUACAUUAUAAUAUAGCUCUAACGCACACACGUCACAUUUCACUGUCUAAAUAUUUUCACUAAGGCAAGCGCAGUUCAAACCAAUGAGUCCCAAUUUAACCACACCCUGUGAUGUUUCGAGCACACGGAAAUAGUCGCUGGCAGAAUUGAACGUUCAAUUCUGCUCCUUUGGACCUGGCAGUGUCUUCAGAAGUGAUCUGGACAUUGGCUCCGUCCAUCAAUCAACAAAUAUGAAGGAAAAUGGCGCAAGUGGCGGGCUUUGUCCCCGGACUGCUGUUUGUCACUGGAAGACCUUGGUUCCUAUUACUCUCAUAAUGUUGGCAACCUUGUCAUAUGCAAUGGCACUAUUCUAUCAAAGCGGACAAUUCCACUUGAUUGCACCGAAGAAAGUGAUUCUCCCGCCCAAAAUACUGCCACGUGGUCAGUUUUCUCUUGACCAGUCUCAGGUACCAAGAACCCCCGGAACACAGCUUGCGGCAUCAGAUCAAAACUUGCUCCUCAAAACGUGGGAUAAGACUGUAUUCAACGAUGUGGAUUCCACGGCAUACAAGAACAUAGAAGCCGUGAACAGCACGGGGAGAGGGACAAGUAUGGAGUUGACGAGUUUCAAAAUGACACACGUCGAGCUGGUAUCACACGUAGGGCGAAGCAUCAAAGUAGGGGAUGUCUUACAAUACCGAAUUCAGAGCAGGGAUUUCAACGGGAGGAAACGCAUUCUUGGCGGGGACAUGUGGUACGCUACUUUGAACUCCGAUAAAGACCCCAAGGCGAGCACCGCUGGACAUGUAGUUGACCACGGCAACGGUACCUACGACGCGUACGUGCUGGCCGCCUGGCCCGGCAACGCCAAGUUCAACUUGAUCCUGGUCCACGCAAGCGAGGCUGUGUACCACUUGAGGAACAUUGUGUGGAAUUCGGAGCGAAGGAUUAUUUGGUUGGGACGUUAUUCGUUCAAAGGCAACACAACGGAUGCCGUGUGCUAUCUGCAGCACCAUGGGAAGUGGGAAGGGAAGUGCGAGUACCCUGCCUACCGUGCAUUGGGAAGCACUGUCUUUCUCUGUGACAAGAAACCAGACUUUCCCUGUGAGUCCCUGUACGCACUCAAUAUUCACCGUCAGGCUACUGGUGACAGAGCAAAAGAAUUGGCUAAUGGUGUGGAAUACUUAUACAAAAGCCCAUAUUAUGAGCAAGAUGUUCCCGUGGCGAAUUCCGCAUUGCGAAUUGAAGGGUCGGAAUUUCAGCACAACAAACUGCCUCGCUGCAAGGCGGACCAGCCGAUCCCUACACUCCAGGGGUAUUGGAUGAAUGGCAAGUGGAACUCACUCUUGUGCGAGUUCGGGACUUGGACGGAGAAGUCGUCGCUGACGUCCUGCCUCCGCGGGAAGCGUGUUGUGCUACUUGGCGAUUCAACCACUCGUCAAUGGCUGGAUGGUUUAAUCAAGUUACUGAACACUGCCACCGUCGAUAAGCCCGGCAGGAGAUUGUGGUCAAAAAUCCACUAUGACUCUCUCAAUCUCACCUUGUAUUUUCAGUUUCACCCGUACGUGAUCGGGUCGCACACCUAUAAGCUGAACGAGAUGAAAGAGGAGGUGGAUGUCUUGAAUGGACUCAACGAUGCCGAUUGCAACUACGUUGUAGUCAUCAGUCCAUGGGCCCACUUCAGCCAAUGGACGCGGGACAGCUACAUCGAGCGAGUCCGUCUAAUCAGGAAAGCUGUCAUUGAUCUAAGGCGCAGAUGCCCCGAUGUACCUAUCGUCAUCAAAGGACCCCAUGCAAAGGAGCAUAAAACCUGGGAAGCCGCGAUGUUCGCAUCGGACUACAUCUUCACACAGAUUGAACUCAUCAACCGUGAGGCCUUAGGAGGCCUCGGGGCGUUUUUCUUGCCUACAUGGGACAUGAAUCUCGCUUAUCCCUCACGCAAUAACGUCCACAUGCCCAAGACUAUUGUAAUGGAAGAACUUAAGAUAUUUCUAGGCUAUGUUUGUGAUACUUUACAUCCACACCGAGUGGGUAAAAACUUGGCUGUGCCGGUUCUUCACGAUAUUGUAUUGUGACACGUGACGUCCUGCAUAAUAACUCCUUUGUCUUUGUAACAAACACAGGGUGAUGGGGCGCAGAUCAAUUUGACAUUGUCUCAGUUCGUAAAUAUGAUUAUGCCAAAAAGACAACGGAAAAAUAUUCAAAAUAAUGAUGAAAUUCCAAAUUUUUUCGCUUUUGAGCAUUUAUUAUAUUUAUUAGUAUGAGCAAUUGCAUUUAGGGAUCGAUAGAUUUCAAGUCACAUUCGAUUUACACGUUAUUUCCGGUUUGAUGACGUCAUCGGUUUAGAUUUGUGCAUAACGAAUAUUGAUUUAGUUUAAACAGGUUAUUUUACAUAAAAAAUAACUUCUAGAAAUAUGAAAAAAGCUCCAACGUAGAUAUCAUGUUUAUUGUACGUAUGAUUUACACCUGACUUCCGAUUUGAUUAUCGUCAAAUUAGGUUGCUUAUCGUCAAUAAUGAAACUGACAUUUUGGCAACAAUGAUCCCAGUAGGCAGCCUACAGGAGCGGCGGAACGCUUUUAAACUGGGGGAGCAACAACAAAAAGGGGCACUUGCUCAGAGAAAAGGGGCACCUUCCGUCGGUGUGAAAGUGAGAGCCCUUCGGCCUCCGCAAUGGCGGAUCCAGAACACAACUUUGUUUUGGGGGGCAAACAAAAUUGGUCCCCAAUAAAGUGGGUCCACAGAUUCACGGAGUGGGGUUUGGGGCCUAAGGCCGGGCCCCGAAAAAAAAUGGAUUCUUGAUGCUCUGUGGUGCGGUCUGAGGCAAUUUCUGACUUUAACCAAACUUCUUUUUUGGAAAAGAUGGUGUACGUAAUGGCUGCCUUUUUUUGUGACGUAAUGACUGCUUUUUUUUGGGGGGGGGGAGGGGCGCGGAGGCAUGGCUCCAUUGCCCCUCUUGGAUCCGCCCUUGGGCCUUCGGCCCACCGCACAUGUACACCCUCCGCCCCGGCAGUAACCUCUCUGGGUCCGCCCAUGAAUUUGACUAUAGUUAGGUAGAGAGACCAGUUUUUGUUUAUCUCGUUCAUGGCUUUCACCCUUCUUUUUGUUCUUACAAAUCCUCAAGUUCUUGGCCUGCAAAAUGCUCUAAAAGAAGGCAUGCAAAUCGUGAUUUGGCCGGCGUAGGCAAUUUCGGGUCUUAAACUGGCCUGCGGUUCGUGGGUGAUAGCGGUUCGUUGUAAUAACGCCCUCUCGCGGCGGUGGGUUAUCGUGUAUGAUCCAAUAAUCAACAAAGUCUUGACCCAAGACUUAUGGUAAUAACGGUUUUGUUUUAAGAGGUUGAAAAUCCCUUCCGAUUCAUGUAUGGUUCGUUUUGAUCAGUAAAAAACCCUGUGAUCGUCAUUUUUCGGCCGAAGUUUUCCUCCAAUAACUGGAUUUCUUGCAGGGGUCAUCCAGUAAAGGUCACGUGUCCUAAGUCGCGUUGCAUAUGUCGCACAUUGGGCCAGUUCAAGGUCAAACUGCGCCAAAAUGGUCAAAAAGUGAUUGUUUCAGAAUCAAUAUCUUCAAUUUUUGUUAGUUCCAAAGGUCCAGGGGUACUCUAAAUGCAUGAAAUAGGGACACAAAUUGUUUAAUCAUGGUCGAUACUCUGAUGUUUUCACUUAGAAUUGUAACAAUCCAAAUAUAGCUGGUUAAACGUAAUGCCUUAUAUAACUAGCUGUCUCGGUCGCUACGUAAAAGAUAUCGCCACAAAAAUUUACUUGAAUGUUGUAGAUAUCAUAUAUUUCAUGGAAAUAAAAUUCAUAAUCCGUCUAGUUUUGAUUUACUGUUU